AUGGGGGAAUCCUUAAGCCCAAUUUCGAAGCAAAGAGCUGCAUUUUCCCCAAUCAAGAGCCCGCAGUUUGCAAUCGGCUCCAACGACGACAAGCUCGAAAGGGCUCAGGCACGUGCGGCACGUGCCGCCGCCAUCCGCCGGAAGCCCACCGUCGUCUCCACCUCCGUCUCGCCUGAGGCCGAUUCGUGCCUCGGGAAAGAACAGAUCCUCGAUUUGUUCCACAACUGCAUCAAAUUAGCUAGCGAAAAUAAAAUUAAUCAGAAGAAUACUUGGGAGCUGAAUUUGAUCGAUCAUCUCUGCGAGAUUGUUAAGGUCGAAGAAGAAGAUGAUACUGAAACCAAUUUCCAGAAGGCUAGUUGUACACUUGAAGCUGGGGUUAGGAUUUAUUCAAUGAGAGUGGAUUCUGUGCAUUCUGAGGCGUAUAAAGUUCUUGGAGGAAUUAAUCGGGUUGGGCAUGCAGAUGAAAAAGAUGCUGUCGAGGAUGGCAAUGUCACUGCUGGACAAGGGGAAAGUGAUGAGAAGAAAGAGCAAGGGAGAAAGUUGUCACCUUUGUCAACGCUGGAGUCAUCUUUUGCCGCCAUAAAUGUAAAGAAAUUUGAUGUUGCAUUUGCGGUGGAUCCUCUCUACCAUCAGACAUCAGCACAAUUCGACGAAGGUGGAGCAAAGGGUCUGUUGCUGAACAAUCUUGGAGUUUAUGGUAACUGCCAGGUCCUUUUUGAUUCAUUGGAAGUACCUGGGAAGUGUUCAUCUCCCGUGGCUCGAGAUGAGGGUGCUCAGGUUAUUGAUCUGUCUUUUGCUAGUGAAUGCAUUGAGCAGAUGGUGUCGGAUAUGCUUAGCAGCUCUGAAAUAUCUCCUAGCCUUAUGGCUAUAGUGAAUCAAUUGGACACAGAUAACCGAAGACAAUCUGAGUCAGCUUCGUUUGGGCAAGUUAAUGAACCUCUCGACAGGGAUGAUGAUGAUGAUGGUGUAUCUGCUGAGACGUUUGGGGGCUAUGGAGCUUGGGACGAUGAUCAUGAUGACGAAGCAAAUGUGAUAGACGAGGCUACUGAUAAUCAGGACACAACGUUCCCAAGCCAGAAUGAAGCUCCCUAUGUGGGUGACGAACAGUCAUAUGUGUAUGACCCCGAUGAGGAUGACAGAUCCAAGGAGGUUGAUAGCUAUUUGUUUUUAAGUUUGGGGUUUUCAACCAAGCAAAAUUCUUGGGCAGGUCCCAAUCACUGGAAAUUCCGGAAAACUAAAGAACCUGAGGUUCCAGCUGAGGAAAGUGGAUCACCAAAGUUGAAGAAAGCAAAAAAGAAGAAAGCAGAUUUGGAUAUUGAUUUUUCAAACACUGUCGAUACUGACAUUUCGCAAAUCUUUGAUCCUCCAAAGAAUCCGAAGUCGUUAUUACUUCCAGCAAGUAGAGCACCCUGCAACACCAGACUUCCCGAAGAUUGUCACUACCAACCAGAGGAUCUUGUGAAGCUAUUCUUGCUACCUCAUGUUUUGUGCCUCGGAAGGACUAGAACGAAGAAACUUGAUAAUGAAAAUCAACAAAGAGAUGGGUUUGAAGCAACGGCAUCUUGGGGUGAUGGAGAUGAUUUUGGUGGUGGCUUUGAUGACGGACAUGCUCAUAGUGAUGUUGAAGAGACAAGCACCCUCGUUUCUCAACCUCGACAGGUGAGCAAGAUUGAGGUUCAGUACGAUAAAACAUCGAAACAAGUUGAUGUUCACGCGCUAAAGGAAACACUAUGGGGCCAUAUACAACAACUGGAUCAAAGCCCAGUUGAGGAAGAGUCUAUCUCCUUCAAGCAAGUGUUGGCUAAUUUCCCAGAUAGCUGCAGAGCAGCACCAUCGAUUAAUGACAUCUCGACUCAUUUGUGCUUCAUUUGCCUCUUACAUCUAGCGAACGAGCAUGAGCUGAGAAUCCUCGGCUGCCCCACCAUGGACGACCUCACCGUAUGCCUCAAACCCUCAAACCUGACUUCUUAGCAUCGUCUCGUUUUGUGAUAAGUUAUGGAUAUGAUUACAAAAACAAGCUUAAUUCUCAAAUUUUAAAUGAUGAUAUUGUCACUCUACAUCAAUGGAAGCUUUUGUGUCUCGCCAUUCAAAGAAAGAAAAAAACUUUUGUUUCUCCGCUUUACUUCUUACUGAGUAGACUAGAGAGGUGAUGAAUUCAGUGAAAUUUGGAA